ACGUAUAUUUCCUGAACCGAUUUACCACCUAAUUCAUGACGUGCGAUUGGUACCCACAGAAAUGCACACAGCAGUUUCCAGCAUGCUUUCAACUAUACCCCGGCACUACGUACAAAAAGAAUCCCGGCAGUAUUCACGAACUACACAAACUGGCACAACGCAUCAAACCAACAUAUUACGAUGGCAUCGAAUUGGACUACGCACAUCGGCUAGCCGCUAACAAAACUGCCACAUGCAAUUGGGUGUGGAGUCAUACGCGUCCCUCAGGAUUUCGUUUCGGUGGCAUUUACUCGCUACGUUUAUAUGAAGAUUUUCUACAAACGCCCACAAUCACGGCCGAUAUCAAUCCAACCACAUUGGCUUCAAAUGUUAGCAUUGUUUUUUACCCGCAUAGCGCGUUGCGUCUAGAAGCUGCCAUGCAGCGCGCAGCCGAAGAU